GCUGAUUGCACAAGUGAACAGAAGAAUAGAAAAAUUAAUUUUUUCUACAUUAAUAAAAAAAAUAAAAUAAUAAUGUCAAUUAAAUAUUUUUGUCAAGUCCAACGAUUAUAGAAAUCUAUUAGUGUCUAGUAGAUUAUCACCAUUCCUGAUGAGACGUUUUUGGAAUAAUAAUUUUGACUUUAAGAAAAGUCGAAUUAUUCGAAUUAUACGUACCAAAUUGAACAAUGACAAUAUUUCUGGAGGAUAAAAGGAUAUUUUCUUCUUAAAUGACACGUAACGAUAUAACCUCAAAAAUAUUCUUUUUUGUUGUUUGGGAAAAAUAAUUUUGCGACAGAAUUAUAAAUCGAAUUAUUUUUUCGUUUUAAAAUUAUGACAUAGCGAAUAGAAGGGCUUUUUUUAGAGAAUUCUAUUAGAAUGUCUAGUUUAAAGAAUUUAAUAAAUUUAGACUCUGUUAUUCAUUUUAUUAACGAUGUUAUUUUGUACUGGUGGUGGUACAUAACUGAGAUCUCGUGGCAACUUUUAAUAGCAUUCGUAGCUUACAUCUGCACUUGUGUAUUUCUUUAUUUUGUUUUAAAACAAGUGAAUCAUAAAGCAUGGCAAAUACCAGGUCCACCAAACAGAUUAUUGCUCGUAAUAGCACAUCCUGACGAUGAGGUCAUGUUCUUUGGACCUCUCAUUUACUGGUUGGUGAAAAUGAAAGCUAGCCAGAUUUAUCUUCUUUGCUUUACCACUGGUGGAAAUAAGAAAAGAAAAGAGGAGCUUUGGGCUUGUGCGAAAGAAUUGGGUAUAUCAGAAGCUAAUAUUACAAUUUUAAUGUACACAGAAUUACCUGAUGAUGCAAGGGUACAAUGGCCAGAAACUUUGGUGGCAGAUAAUAUUUUACACUUUAUUGAACUCUAUAAAAUAAAUGCAGUUAUAACUUUUGAUAAAUUUGGAGUUAGCAAACAUAAAAAUCAUAUAUCUCUUUUCUAUGGAAUGGCAUCGUUGUGCAUGGACAAAAAAGUUCCCGCCUAUUGUAAAUUAUACGUGUUGGAAAGUGUAAAUAUUUUAAGAAAAUAUACACAAAUACUCGAUCUGCCAAUUAGUUUGCUGUCUGCUUCCUAUUGGUAUAUAGUGACAUAUGAUCAAAGACAAUACAUAAAGAAAGCCAUGAAACAACAUAAAUCUCAAUACGUUUGGUUUCGUAAAUUGUACAUGAUUUUCUCGAGAUAUACUUUAAUUAAUACAUUUCAAGAAGUGAAUUUUCUGGACUUAGAACUUGACCUUCAAUUCGAAGAAGACUAAUUUUUAUAUUAGUAUAUCAAUAUUUGUAAAUAGUUGUCAAUUUGUCAUUUCUGUAAAUCAUUCUGUACAAAAUAAAAAAUUAUGUUUACUUAAUAAA